AUGAAUAUAAUAUCACCCACGUCUUCAACACCACCACCUAAUCCAAGUACACCAGGAAAUGGUGGUGGUAAUGGUUUACCAUCAGUUGGAUCUAGUGGUCAACUCUCAAAUAAUUCUAGUACAAAUUCCGGUCAACCAUCAAACAGUGCUAAUAAUACUCCUGUAUCACGUGAACGUAUUGCUGUUUGGAUAACUGAAUUACUUUCAUCAUCAACACGUGAAGCUGCUUUAAUGGAAUUAAGUCGUAAGCGAGAAAAAGUUUCUGAUCUAGCAGUUUUACUUUGGAAUUCAUUUGGAUCUGUUGCUGUACUUCUCUAUGAAGUGAUUUCAGUUUAUCCAUACAUAACACCACCGACUUUAACUGCUCAACAAUCAAAUCGUGUUUGUAAUGCUUUAGCUUUAUUACAAUGUAUUGCAUCGCAUCCUGAAACACGAACACUUUUCAUUCAAGCAAAUGUUCCAUUAUUUCUUUAUCCAUUUCUUAAUACAAAAUCUUCUACACGUCCAUUUGAAUACCUUCGUUUAACAUCAUUAGGUGUUAUUGGUGCACUUGUUAAAACAGAUGAAACUGAAGUGAUUAAUUUUUUAUUAACAACAGAAAUUAUACCAUUAUCAUUACGUAUAAUGCAAUCAGGUAGUGAAUUAUCUAAAACAGUUGCAACAUUUAUUUUACAAAAAAUUCUUGCUGAUGAUUCCGGUUUAAAUUAUAUUUGUCAAACAUUUGAUCGAUUCUCACAUGUUGCUAUGGUUCUUGGACGAAUGGUACUUCAACAGCAACGAGAACCAAGUGGUCGUUUAUUAAAACAUAUUAUUCGAUGUUAUUUACGUUUAUCUGAUAAUCCACGAGCUCGUGAAGCUCUACGUUCAUGUCUUCCUGAUUGUCUUAAAGAUCAUACAUUUGAUAUUGUUCUUAAAGAUGAUCAAUCAACUAAAAAAUGGUUAUCACAAUUAAUACUUAAUCUUGAAGCACCACCUACAAAUAAUUCUCAACAACAACAACCAUCUACUUCUAUUCUUUCGCAACAAGCUCAACCGGCAUCUCCAUUAGGAAUGGGAUAA